AUGGCAAAAGCAUACACACAAGCUGAAUUUGACAGUCUGAUGGAGAAGGUGGAGAAGGUAGAUAUUAGGGUGAAAGAAUACUUGGAGUUAGCUGGAUACGAAAAGUGGGCUAGGUUGUAUGCACCUGUUAAUAGGGGAUGGACCAUGACGUCAAAUAUUGCUGAGUCAAUCAAUGUCGCACUAGUUAACCGCAAAGAAGCUACACAAACUUACACAAUGCUUGGAAACAAAUACCAGGAGAUGCUGACAUUGAAUGAGGCAAUGUCUACACGCAUGACUGUGGUACCAUCAACUGAAUACUUACAUACAGUUACUGAUGAAGAGAGGAAUUACACCGUCUGCCUGUUAAAGAGAAAAUACGUUUGCGGGAGGUUCCAAGUUGAUGAGUUACCAUGCCCACAUGCUUGGUCUGUAUUGAAGAGCAAGUUUCUAAUGCCAGAAGAUUAUUACUCUAACUAUUACAAACCAAAUUCUGUUUUAAUGACAUACAAUGUUCCUGUGUACCCGCUACCGGAUAGAAAUGAAUGGAAUAUACAAGUACAUGUUGCAGAGGAAGUUGUAUUACCACCCAAAUGGAAAAGACCUCUUGAAAGGCCAAAGAAGAAGCGCGAUAAACCUUUCAGUGAAUUGAUGCAGCCGAAAAAUCAACAUUCAUGUAGCAUAUAUGGGCAGGGAGGACAUAAUAAGCGAACGUGUAGAAAUGCUCCACGUAGGAUUUAG